AUGUCGCAGCAGCCCAUGCACAGCGUCGCCCUCGGCGGCGACGCCAAGGACAUCCACAUCGCCCAGAUCGGCUACGGCUCGAUGCACACCUGGGGCGCCAAGCCCGUGACCGACGGCGAGAUCCUCGAGACGCUCAAGGCCGCUAUCGAGGGCGCCGCGCCGCACAAGCUGCUCUUCAACGGCGGCGCCUUCUACGGCCCGCCGCACGAUGCCGGCGCCAACCUGCGCAUGAUCAAGAACCUCUUUGCCAAGUACCCCGAGCUGCGCGAGCGCACCGUGCUCUGCAUCAAGGGCGGCUUCGUCAUGAAGGACUACAUCGAGAAGGGCAUCGCCGGCGUCAAGAACGACGCCUCGGAGGAGAAUCUGCGCGAGGACCUGCGCCGCAUCACCGAGGAGCUUGGCGGCGACAAGCCGGACAUCUACGAGCUGGCUCGCGUCGACAAGAAGAUCCCCAUCGAGGAGCAGAUGAAGACGAUGGCCAAGCUGCGCGACGAGGGCCUCUUUGGCCACAUCGGCCUGUCCGAGGUCGCCGCCGAGACGAUCCGCCGUGCCGUCAAGAUCACCAGCAUCGCCUCCGUCGAGGUCGAGUACUCGAUGUUCGAGACGACGAUCGAGGACAACGGCGUGCUGGCCGUCUGCGAGGAGCUGGCGAUUCCCAUCUUUGCCUACUCCGUCACGGGCAAGGGCAUGCUGACGGGCACGCUCAAGAAGCGCAGCGACCUGGCGCCGGACGACAUCCGCCUGCACCAGGACCGCUUCUCGGAGGAGAAUUUCCCGCUCAACGUCAAGCUCGGCGAGGCCGUCGCUGCGCGUGCCGAGAAGCGCGGCCAGACGGGCAGCCAGCUGGCCAUCGGCUGGGCCAUUGCCGCGUCGAAGAAGCGCAUCGUCGUGCCGAUCCCGCAGACGACCAAGGUCUCGCGCGUCGAGGAGAACUUUGUGCCUGGCCGUCCCGGCAACGAGUUGACCGCGGAGGACCAAGCCGAAGUCCGCAAGCUGCUCAAGGAGAUCGGCGUGGCGGGCGAGCGCUACAACGCCGCCGCGCGCGAGCACAUGAACCUGUGGGGCUAG